AUGUCUACUCAGAAAGCAAUUGUCGUCGUUGAACAAGGAAAGGAGGGUCUCGUCACCGACCGUCCCAUCCCCCAACUUCGUGAUGACUACAUGAUCGUUAAGACCGUCAGUGUGGGCUUGAACCCCACCGACUGGAAGCACAUUGCCUAUCUUUCCCCUCCAGGUGUCCUGUCUGGAUGUGAUUACUCCGGCAUCGUCGAGUCCGUUGGAAAGAACGUGACCAAGAAAUUUGCCAAGGGAGACCGCGUGUGCGGAUUUGCACACGGCGGUAACGCCGUCCAACCCGAAGACGGUACCUUCGCCGAGUACAUCGCCGUCAAGGGCGAUUUGCAGUGGAAGAUCCCCGAAAACAUGAGCUUCCAAGAAGCUGCCACCAUUGGCGUGGGUAUCAGCACUGUCGGCCAGGCUCUCUACCAGAGCCUGAAGCUCGCCCUGCCCACCGAGCCCAUCAAGGAUAACACCCCUAUCCUGAUCUACGGUGGAUCAACCGCGACCGGAACCCUGGCCAUCCAAUUUGCCAAGCUGUCCGGCUACAAGGUUCUGACCACUUGCUCGCCCCGCAACUUCGAUCUGGUCCGCAGCCUUGGCGCCGACGAGGUCUAUGACUACAAUGACGCCAAUGCCGCUGCUGAGAUCCGCAAGGCCACCGACAACAAGCUCAAGUACGUCUUCGACUGUAUUGCCCUCGAGGCCAGCGCUGCAUUCUGUGACAAUGCCCUGUCCACCGAGGGUGGCGAGUACAGCGCUCUCCUCAUGGUUAAGAUCGCGCGUGAGAACGUCAAUGACCGUGCCACUUUGGCUUACACCACCCUUGGCGAGGCUUUCAAGUUCGGCAGCAUGUCCAUUCCCGCCAACCUGGAGGACAGAGCUCACGCCGAGAAGUUCGCUCCCAUUGCCGAGAGCCUGCUUGCUCAGGGCAAGGUCAAGGUUCACCCUCCCAAGGUUGGACCCAAUGGCUUGGUCGGUGUAAUGGAUGGAUUGAGGCUGCUCAAGGAGGACAAGGUCAGCGGCGAGAAGCUGGUCUACAACGUCUCUGAGACUCCUUAG